UUAAAAAAUUAGGACAUUUCAUAUCAGGCCAUUUAAUAAAUAUUUUUCAAAAUGUGAACUGCAAAAAAAAGUCUAAUUAGGCCUUUAGAUUUAAAUUUUACUUGAUAGGAAACACAUAGGCUAGAAGAAGAAAUUAUUUAAUGACACAAAAAAUAAACAAUGGAGUGAAACUGAGCAGGACCCUCUGGGGUCCUCCUGGGCACAAAUGCCUUUCUGUCAUCCCCAUCCCCCCCUUUGUCAGUUUUUGAAAACUUUCAUAAUAAAAAGCUACAAAAUAUAUUCCCUGCCUAGGAGAAAAACCAUGGUUUCCUGGUUCACUUGGCUUAUUCACUCACCAGACACUAUUUAUAUCAGGAGCAGAAUAGAAAUAUAUACUGAAAUGUCUGAAGCCAAAUGAAUUAGAAAACAGUUCAGGAUUUUAUAUAUGCACACAUCACAAUAUUAAAUUCCCUGCAACGGAGCUGCUUUUGUUUGACAUAACAACCACUAUGUUUUUUAAAAAUGAAGUUCAAGAUAUUUCGCUUUUACAGCCUAAUCGAUGUGUGUAUAGCCUUUUUGCAAAUUCUUAGCAUAUUGGAAUGAACCGCUCAUUCCACAGAACCCUCUCAAGAGCCCUUAGGUGCCUUGCUGAAUAAAGGAAGCAAAGGAGUCAAAACACUUUAUUCCAACCUCUCCCUUCCCCCCAAGACAGACAGCUUGGAAACUGAAGACUGAAACUUCCUACCUAUCUACCUUCCCUCCCGCAAUUUACUGUGUACAUUAACAUAACUAGUCAGUUUUACUAGCAUGCCUUUACUAUUCCAGAAGAUUCCUGCCCAAAUUGCUUGAUUGUUCAUUAAAGGAGCUUCCACAAGCACCCAUCAACUCUUCUAUCUCUUUAAAGAACAUCAACAGUUUGCACCUGUAGGUUCCUCGCCUACAAAAAUCCUUGCUCUUCCCACCAAUCCUGGACUGCAGCAUCAUGACCGUCAUGCAAUCCCAUUCGUCUUUUGCACUGAAGGACGCCGCCUUAAACCACACUUCCAAUUCUCAGUGAAUUCCAGCCUUGUCUUCCUGGCUCCGCGGACACUGUCAAGGUGCGGAGGCUCUGUGGAGGUGGUGUCACCAGGUAGCAAUAAACUAUGUUUUUGUCUCAUUAACAGGUUUUAUUGCUGAUAUUUGGGGAGUCAGCAUUGGAAACAAGUUUGAAAUCCAGUGUUCCUUAAGUUCUGUGUUAGGCAGUUCCGCCUAGGUCACUUUUACGUUUCCCACUUUUUAGUCUACCCUUUGCCUCCGCUAAAAAUGUUGGGUUUUAACUUAUUUUCGUAAUACAAGCCUCUCUUUUCUCUCUUACACGGACGCAUUUUUAAAAAAUUCGCAAUUAUUGUUACCCAAAAAACUAUCUGCUUACGUUAUUUUCUCAUGAGCUUUAAGAAAUGAGUAAAACAAAAGGAAUCUGACAGUUCCACCAAAAGUGACUAAAUUCGAGCCCGCUCCACAGUCAAAACCCAAGACAGCUGGUGGGAAGAGCGGUUCUGCGAACUUCAUUCUGGGAAAUGUAGUCCAGGAGGUUCGUGAAAUCUGAGGCGCUUCCGCCUGGGGAUUCUGGGAAGUGUAGUCCGGGAACUGUGUGUAGCCCGAGGCACUUCCGCUCCGGGAAGGCGAGGUCGGGGCCGAGAUUACUCCUAGGGCGGUGAGUUAACCCAGCGUCCCUGUGAUCCCUCCGAGCCUUCUCGGACUCGGCGUGGGGCCACCCGGUCCUCGCUCCUGGGGCAGAGAAGCCGCGGCGAGCGGCGGAGGGCGGGAGGGGGCAGCGGCGGCGGUGUGCGUUCCCUCGGCGAACCUCCCGCGUCGGGGGCGGGCUCGCGUCCUACAUUGAGUUUGACGGUCUCCCGCGCUCUCUGCUCCCCCAGCCCUCCUACCGCUACUACGGGCCAGCUCUGUUUCUUGCGGUAAAUUAUUGAGCGGGUUGCUUAAUCUCUCUCUGCCUCAGUUUCCUCCGGUUAGUUCCUUCCCAAUGAUGUUCUUUUGAGGAUUAAGUGAGAUUAUAUUUUAAAAGCUUAAGAACAGUGCCUAGUGCACGGUAAAAUGUUGGAUGUUACCAUAAAUUCAGUGAUAAUACUUAAGCGCCCUGUUGUUGGGAAGCUCCUGCGAGCCUGGGAUGGGGUCGGAGCUCCAGCUGCAGACCCAUUGUGCCUUCCCUGAUCACUGAGGUGGGUUUGUUCUUGGAUUCCUGGAUUCUUUCUGGACGCUUGUUUAGGAAGGAGAGUUAUCUUCCGCUGGAUCCUGGGAAAAGUCCUCUGUGGUUUAUCCCAGACCGAGAAAUGAUCGUGGUCACGGCUUUGCACAGUGCCUGCGAUGUAGCCAGGCUUCAGUUAAAAAUGUUCAGUAUUGUGUAACAACCCCAUAUUGUUAAUUUAAAUGCAACACGAUUUCUUAGUUUUAGGUUUUUAUUAGUCAUUGUUUACCUUCAUGCAAUGCGAGAAGAAACUUCGUUCUUUCAGCUUAAUAACACGUGCAAGUAGUUACACCUAUUAAGGGGAAAAAAACCCGUGGCAAUUUAACGUUCAUUAACAACAGCACAAACCAUCUGUGAGACCACCAGUCAGAAUUAGGCUUUUUUUGGAGAGUAAGGGUAAGUAAAGGGACAGAGUCAUCUCUGAAGUCUGUGUUUCCUAAGAGUCAUCUUCUGUAAAGCAGAUUCGCAAAGGCAGUUUUACGAGUCUUAAGAGCACCUACUUGUCUGAAGCUGCAGGAGGGAAUUGUGGCAUUAUUGUACCCAUUUACAGGUAGACUGGAUUGAGGCACAGAGAGAUUAAUAACUUGCUCAAGGUUUAUGCGACUAGUAAGUAGAAAGUGAUAAGUAGAAAUAACAGAAUUUGAACCCAGGCAUUUUGGCCCUGAUGUCAAAAGCUCAGCUUCCCUGUACACGGGUGUGGAAUUGAAUCUCGGAGACAGAGUUUUGGGUGAAGUAGAAAAGGAUAGCUUUAUUACUUUGCCAGGCAAAGGGGGACACGGUGGGCUCCUGCCUCGUAAAACUGUGUCCCCACUUGGAGACGAUAGUGGGAAGUUUUAUAGUAAUUUUUCAAGAAGGGCGUGAUCAGCUCGUGGACAUUCUCCUGAUGAGUUGGCGGUGAGUUUUGCCUUCCCAGAACUCGGCCUUUCCCCAGCAGGAAGAGGAAAAAAAUGACCAAAUUCCAGGAGGCGGUGACCUUCAAGGACGUGGCCGUGACCUUCACGGAGGAAGAGCUGGGGCUGCUGGACUCCACCCAGAGGAAGCUGUACCGAGAGGUGAUGCUGGAGAACUUCCGGAACCUGCUCUCAGUGGGGCACCAGUCCUCCAAGCCAGAUAUGAUAUCCCAGUUGGAGAGAGAGGAAAAACUUUGGAUGACGGAGGUCCAGACCCAGAGAGGUGGGCAUUCAGGAGCCAGGAAUCACAGUGAGACGGAGACUCUUCAUGAAACAGGAGUCAGAUUCCUUUCAUUGGGAGAGCUUUCGUGCUGGUACAUCAAGAGACACGUUGUGAGCAAAUUAACCAGAAGUCAGGACUCCGUGAUAAGUAUUCACGGAAAGAAUUCUCAGUCCCCCGUUCAGGCUUCUGUGGAAGACAGCUGUUUAAUGACUCUUCUAGAGGAUCAUUCUAAUGUUAUUGAAAAUCAAGAAUUUCCAACUGGGAGAGCUCAGAAUUCCUGGAAUAAACUCUAUCUGAAUGGGACUCAGAAUUAUCAGAGAAGUUGUAAGCUGACUCCAGUGAAAAACAAGUUCUGUAUAUUUGUUCCAUGCGCUGAUAUUUUCAGCUGUAUCUCCCCCCACCUCGAUGAUGACACGGUGUACAAAAGAGAGAAAGCUCACGGCAACAGAGAGUGUGGUAGAGAUCUCUUAAAGGCAUCACCUCUGGCCCCGUGCAGUAUCAUUCAAACUGGACCGAAAACCUACCAGUGUAACGAACGUGAGAAAGGAUUCCGUGACCACACCAGCCUUGAACUUCAUCAGCAGGCACACUUGGGCAGGAAGUCCCCUACAUACAGGAUACACGAGAAGGGCAGUGGUUACAGCUCAGCUAGUCCCAUUCAACAGAGUGUCCUCCCAGGGAAGAAACGCUAUUGGUGUCACGAGUGCGGGAAGGGCUUCAGUCAGAGCUCAAACCUGCAGACUCACCAGAGAGUCCACACAGGGGAGAAGCCCUAUUCAUGCCACGAGUGCGGGAAGAGCUUUAAUCAGACCUCACACCUGUACGCCCACCUGCCCAUUCACACCGGAGAGAAGCCCUACAGAUGCGAGAGCUGCGGGAAGGGCUUCAGUCGUAGCACAGACCUCAACAUCCACUGCAGAGUCCACACGGGAGAGAAACCGUAUAAGUGUGAGGUGUGCGGGAAGGGCUUCACCCAGAGGUCCCACCUUCAGGCCCACGAAAGAAUCCACACUGGAGAGAAACCAUACAAGUGUGCAGACUGUGGGAAACGCUUCAGCUGUAGCUCAAAUCUUCACACGCACCAGCGCGUCCACACUGAGGAGAAACCCUACAGAUGUGAGGAGUGCGGCAAGUGCUUCAGCCUGAGCUUCAACCUUCACAGUCACCAGCGCGUCCACACGGGAGAGAAACCCUACAAAUGUGAGGAGUGUGGGAAGGGUUUUAGUUCGGCCUCAAGCUUCCAGAGCCACCAGAGGGUUCACACAGGAGAGAAGCCGUUUCGAUGCAGUGUGUGUGGGAAGGGCUUCAGCCAGAGUUCCUAUUUCCAAGCCCAUCAGAGAGUCCACACUGGAGAAAAGCCCUACAAGUGUGAGGUGUGUGGGAAGCGCUUCAAUUGGAGCCUGAAUCUUCACAACCAUCAGAGGGUCCACACGGGAGAGAAACCCUAUAAGUGCGAGGAGUGCGGGAAGGGCUUCAGUCAGGCCUCGAACCUUCAAGCUCAUCAGAGCGUCCACACGGGGGAAAAGCCCUUCAAAUGUGAUGCAUGUCAAAAGCGAUUCAGUCAGGCCUCCCAUCUUCAAGCCCAUCAGAGAGUCCACACGGGAGAGAAGCCAUAUAAAUGUGAUACAUGUGGUAAGGCCUUCAGCCAGAGGUCGAAUCUCCAAGUCCAUCAGAUAAUUCACACUGGAGAGAAACCAUUCAAAUGCGAGGAGUGUGGGAAAGAGUUCAGCUGGAGUGCCGGGCUCAGUGCUCAUCAGAGGGUCCACACAGGAGAGAAGCCCUAUACGUGUCAGCAGUGCGGUAAGGGCUUCAGCCAGGCCUCACAUUUCCACACCCAUCAGAGGGUCCACACCGGAGAGAGGCCUUACAUAUGUGAUAUAUGUUGCAAGGGCUUCAGCCAGAGGUCACAUCUUGUUUACCAUCAGAGGGUCCACACUGGAGGGAACCUGUAGAAUUGGAAGGUGAGGAAUGGCCUCCAGAUAUCCACGUCUUCAUCUCUCUUGGAAAGUCUGUGCUCGUAGUUGUGGGAAGUUCCUGCAGAACUUGGAAACAUCAAGGAAUCUUCAUGGGAAAGAAGUUCCAUAAAAUGCUGUGUUUUUAAAGAUCCAGUUGGGAGGUGAACUCUUUAUACUAACAUCAGGUUUCACAGAGGAAGGAAAACAUAUUCUGUAAAUAUGGUCAGUGGUUACACCAGAGCUCUGAAUGCCCCGAUUCUCAAGAUGUGACACAAGAGAAGAAUCAUUGGCAUCUACCAUACAUGAAGGUUAUGGGCAGGACUUGAACAAAAGUAUAAUGAUGGACAAACAAUAGAUGCCAACUGCAGUGUACCCUCCACAUAGGAGGGCUGUUUUUCACCAUUCUGUCUCUACUGUGUAGAACUGUGCUUGGUUCCUAAUAGGUGCCUGGCAAUUACUGAACCAAGGAGAGGAAAAUCCCUCUAAUUAGGACAAAUAUUUGAAAAUUCUGGUUGGCUUCCUAUCCUAAAUUCAUAACAUACUCAAGAAGAAUCCUGCAAGUCGCCUUAAUAAGAUUGUACUUCAAUUAAUAUUUCCUGAAAUCAGAAUCAAAAAAUAGCCAUCCACAAUAGUACAGAUUUGGACAAGGCUUAUGAGUGGCUGCCACCCUCCAUCCAGCUUCAGUUAUAUGUACAGAAUCACCCAUUGUGUGCAGUGUAAUAUUUAGCAUCAUUAGUUUGUAUUUUAUAGACUGAAAGACUUUUUUAAUCUAAUACCAUACUGCAACUUAUAUGAUUGGAAAUUUUGAACACUAAUUAAUUCCUUAGGGUUUUACUGUAACUCUGAAAGUGUUAAAAGUAGUUACUAGUAACAAAAAGUUUCAUAGUAAACUUGAAUUGUUAAUAA